UUCUUGCCCUGUGCUGGCGCUAAAUGUGUGGACUCACUGUUAAAUGAGCCACCACUAGAAUAAAACGCUUGCAUAUGUGCUUUUGUUUUCUAGAAAGCAAACAUGCAGUAAGCGGCCUAGUCAUGUCUCGCAUUCUGAACAGUAUUGUUGCAGUUUGCCCAGAUAUGGGCAUUGGAAACAAAGGACAACUUCCCUGGCACUCAAUACGACUCAAUAACGAAUUAAAAUUUUUCCAGAGGAUGACCGCGACUCCUUCAAUUGAAGGGAGGCAGAACGUGGUGAUCAUGGGGAGGAAUACCUGGUUCUCCAUUCCGGCUCAAAACAGGCCGCUGAAGAACCGAAUCAACAUUGUGCUCAGCAGGCAACUGAAAGAGACCCCAGAGGGUGCUCAUCACCUGGCCCCUGACUUCAGCUCAGCACUCCACCUGCUGGACACCGCCGAACUAGCAGGGCAGGUGGACCAGGUGUGGGUCAUUGGAGGCAGCACCGUUUAUAAGGAAGUGAUGGAGGCCCAGGGUCAGAGGCGGCUAUUCGUGACCCGGGUCCUGCAGCAGUUUGACUGCGACACCUUCCUGCCCUCUAUCAAUCCCGCCAUCUUCCGCCUCCUGCCAGGGUUCCCAGGAGUACCAGAGGGAAUACAGGAGGAGAAUGGGAUUCAGUACAAAUAUGAAGUGUAUGAAAGUGUACCAACCUGAGCUGGUCCCAGGCCUUCUUAAUCAUAAUCACAAUAAUAACUAUAAUAGUAAUAUAAAAAGUGUCAUAAUAAAUAACGAGAAUAAAUGUGUCGUUUGUACA